AGGUUAAUUAUUGUGUGUAAUUGAUGUUCGGGGGAGAAGGAGGGAAGGUGGGAAUUGGGUGUCUGUAAACCUGUUAUCUGAGCCACACUCCGGAGCAGAUGGUGGCGGUAAUGCACCGCCGUUAAACAUUAAAAAGAAGAAGAAGACGACUCGAAAGUUGCUAUCUUCUAGGCUUCAGCUGUUAAAAUGAUGAGAAGCAAUGUGGUGCUCGUUCUGUUAGCUUUUCUCGCUGAUGGUGUGUUUGGUGAUACAGAAGCAGUGAAGUCAGUAUCAGUGAUGGAGGGAGGUCCUGUCACUCUAUACACUAAUGUUACCAAACGACAUCAUGACAUAAUGCUGUGGUAUUGUAAUGACACUCGCAUAGUUCUGAUCAAUAGAGGUCGCAAUACGAGCUGUGUGUAUGAUGGUGAAAGCGGGAGAUUCAGAGACAGACUGAAGGUGGACUAUGAGACUGGAUCUCUGAUCAUCACAGACAUCAGAGCUGAACACGCUGGACGUUAUGAAGCAGAGCUCAUCAGAAGCAACAGUUCAGGAACCAGCCAAAGCUUCAACAGACCCAGGAAGUGUGACGGCACAAAAAUCUACGAAAAAAACAGUGACUCUGAAGACAUCAUAAAAAGAUUCAGUCUGACUGUCAGUGCUUCUGAUUCUGGCAAAAACAAGGAUGAAGGCCAAACAGAACCAGAACCACAGUACAAAGAGACAAGUUCAGGUCUGUCUCCAGCUGCUGUAGCAGGAAUUGUUGUUGGUGUUGUUGUUGUUGUUCUGCUGGUGGCUGCAGCUGUUGUUGUUGGUCGUCGUAGGAAGACGACAGAAAUCAUCAGAAAUGUCAACGAAAUAGAAACAAAUGAAAGACAAGUGUCUAUGGAUGAGACACAGAAUGAAAGAAGUCUCAUGAUCUGAGAGGAUCGCAACAGCUUGGGCAAAAAAAAAAAGGUGGUUUAUUCCUUAUCUAAUCCGAUUGAGCGUGCAUGUAAACACUCGAUCGGAUUGAAAAGCGAAACUGAAAGGUCUGCGCAUGUGCAGUGACGCAGAAAUAGUAUAAUGACGUAUGAUGUGCGGAACGAGCGGGUCAUUAGGCUUGUUUGAGAUGCGCCUCGCCUCUGAGAGGAGGAGUGAAAUAAACACAGUCAAGACGGACAGUUCUGCCUCUCGAAGUGGAACAGAUACAUACGAGAUCAAAGGCAGAUAUCGCGUUAUUCUCACUCAUGUGCUGUGCUGCUGAUAAACAUGAUAUUAUUUCAGUUCUGUUGCUUUUAUAUGAAUAUAAACAUGAUGAACAAGACACUAAAAGUGCUUGCUAUUUAAUUCCAUACGAAAGGUGUAUUUAUCAUCCAUUUUUAUUUUAAUUCAAACAUGUAUUUUAGAUUUUUAUAGAAAAUAUGAUAACAAUCACAUAUCUCACACUGAGAUCGCACUGUCAUAGUGUUUGGGAACAUUAAUGCACAAUUUAAAUACAUAAUCGCAUGAAAUCUGCUCAAUCCGACAGCCGCCUCGCCGUCGCGAGAGUUUUUUGGCACACGUCAGCAUGACAUCCGAGCAAGGCGGAUGUAACUCGGGACACUUUUCUAACCGGCAUGCAUCUCGCGGUGAUCACCGGUGAUCGGUUCUGCGCAGAUUUUGCUCAUCUCAAACAAGCCUAUUCUUUUGAAUAAAAUGUUGUAUAAGUGCGUGUCCUGACAUUAUAAAACUCUCCUUUCACUCAGCAACUGUGAAGUGGAGCAGGACAACGUCCCACCAGUCCUUGUUUCGGACUCUCAUCCACAGGCGCAGGGAGGGGCAUUUUUAUGCAUGAUAAAUAUGAGCAGCACGGCACUGUGGUUUAUACAGUGGGGCAAAAAAGUAUUUAGUCAG